UUGCAGGGAACCGAGCUAAGCAUGAGCUCAGCUUAUCAUCCGCAAACCGUGCGACAGGGGUGACCAAUCGCACGCUCGAGCAGUACCUUAGGUGCUAUGUGCAUCAAUUUCCAAAGCGAUGGGAGAAUUAUUUACCUUGGGCCGAGUAUUGGUAUAACACCACUUACCAUAGCUCAACUAAGGCCACGCCGUUCGAGUUGGUGUACGGGCGCAAACCGCCGACAAUCGUGAGUUACUCGAUGGGAAGCGCCGUGAACGAUGAGGUCGAUCGAGAGUUGGUCGAGUGUGACUUGAUGUUGCGCAAGCUAAACCAGACGUUGGAAGGCUCGAUCAAUAGGAUGAAGGCGUACCAUGAUGGCAAGCGGCGCGACGUAGAGUUUGAGCCUGGGGACUGGGUAUACUUGAAGUUGAGGCCGUUUCGGCAAAGGACGGCCGCACAAAGGGCCGCGACCAAGCUCGGAGUUCGAUAUUACGGGCCUUAUAAAAUUUUGGCCAAGGUUGGGAAGGUUGCUUAUCGACUUGAGUUGCCGGACGAUUCCCAUAUCCAUCCGGUCAUACAC